AUGACAACACAUUCGCAACAACCGUCGAAACGUGAACAACACACAAAACGCACAAAAUGGCACAGCAAAGCAAAACACAAAUUUACUUGAAAGUCAAGAAACCACUAUUGGAACGUCAAAGACGUGCACGUAUUAAUAACUGUUUGGAUUCAUUGAAGAAACUCGUAGCUGAACUACAAGCUGACGAUGGCGUAUUACGCAUGGAUAAAGCAGAAUUACUGGAGCAAACACUUGUUUUCGUACGUCAACAGUGCCGCAGUAAGGCACAACAACAAAGCGCACAAGUGCACACCGAUUCAUUUCGUAAUGGUUAUAUGAAUGCAGUUAAUGAGGUGUCACGUAUGAUGGCCUCAACACCCGGCAUGAGCGUCGAGGUGGGCAAAUCUGUAAUGACACAUUUGGGACGUAGUUUUAAUCGCCUACAACAACAACAGCAGCAACAAGAACCACAACAUAUCACAGCUCAACAGCAGCAACAAGUAUCACAGCGGCAAACCACAACAAAAACAAAUAUACAACCACUACGCAUUGAAUGCGCACCAUUAAGUCCUGCUUCUUCCGGCUAUCAUAGCGACUGUGAAAGUCCCAUCGCUUCACCUGUUGCACAGCAGUCCAAAGCCACAGCCGGUUUAUGGCGACCUUGGUAAUGAAAUGACAUUGCAAAGCAGAAGAAUGCAAUGGGAGAGAGCGUGAUAGACUAGCGGGCACUUGACUCUGAUAUGCCGGCCACCAACUGUGAUACUGUUCUGUGAUGUUUCUAUUGAACAACAUUUUUAUUAUUAUAUUAAAAAUAUUAAGAAUUAAUUAUA